GCGCCGAAGCGUAGACGGAAGCCAAUGAGCUAGUCUUGUGCCGGCUGGCGACGCCGCCCGUGCUGCAAAGGCAUUGAAAGGCCGAACUUCCGAAGCGCAAGCCAUCUUGGCGGAAGUUACCGCCAGGAAACAGAUGACAUAUAUAUGUGUCUGAGGGCGAAAGGUUUCAAUCAUAUUACGAUUUACGCUGGCGAGCAUAAUGCCGUUAGCUCAGCUUGCGGCGGACCCUUGGGUCGAGAUCAAAACGGACUGCGGGGGUCCGCCAGGUGAAGAUAUGGCUGUCGAUGAAAAUGAUGAAACCCAGGACAUGGAAACUAGUGACAUGGCUGAAGGGACGCACGAGAUUGAGCUCACAAAUGUUACGAAAGAAGGCCAUCCAAAGGGCGAUCCCAGCCAGUUCAAGCUCCUCAAGGUUCUCGGACAGGGCUCAUUUGGAAAGGUGUUUCUAGUGAAGAAGAUUAUGGGCCCAGAUGCAGGAACAUUAUAUGCGAUGAAAGUGUUGAAGAAAGCAACGUUAAAAGUACGGGACAGGUUAAGAACAAAAAUGGAAAGAGACAUCCUUGCUGAAGUGCGGCAUCCAUUCGUGGUGAAGCUACAUUAUGCCUUCCAGACUGAAGGAAAACUGUACCUAAUCCUAGAUUUCCUAAAGGGUGGAGACCUUUUCACAAGGCUAAGCAAAGAGGUCAUGUUCACUGAGGAAGAUGUGAAGUUCUACCUGGCUGAGCUUGCGCUUGCUCUGGACCACCUGCAUGGCCUGGGCAUCAUCUACAGAGAUCUCAAGCCGGAGAACAUACUUUUGGACUCUGAUGGCCACAUAAGCCUAACAGACUUUGGUCUGAGCAAAGAAGCGCUCAACGACCAGAAGGCAUACUCAUUCUGCGGCACCAUCGAAUACAUGGCACCCGAGGUCAUCAACCGCAAGGGUCACACAAUGGCUGCCGACUGGUGGUCUUUCGGAGUACUCAUGUUUGAAAUGCUGACAGGCGGCCUGCCAUUUCAAGGAACCAAUAGAAAGGAGACAAUGAUACAGAUACUCAAGGCCAAGUUGAGCAUGCCACAGUUCCUCAGUCCUGAAGCACAGAGCCUUCUUCGAGCGUUGUUCAAGAGAAACCCUGCGAAUAGAUUAGGCUCCGGUCCAAAUGCAAUCGGCGACAUCAAAGCGCACCCGUUUUUUGCCACUAUUGACUGGGGCCAGCUUUACAGAAGGGAAGUGGUGCCUCCUUUCAUACCGGCUGUCUCAAGACCGGAUAACACACUGUAUUUCGACCGAGAAUUUACAUCGAAGACUCCAGAAGGUUUGUAUAACUCUCCUGGAGUGCCUCCAAGUGCCAAUGCCCACGAGUUGUUUCGAGGAUUCAGUUUUGUGGCGCCUAGUCUGACUGAGGAAGAUUAUGUCAAAAGCAAGGACAAUCAGUCCUCCAAACGGUACAGCCUUUACUUCAAGGAAGGUAUCGCAAAGGAGUAUGAACUCAAGGAGGACCUUGGCUUAGGGUCCUACUCGACUUGCAAGAGGGCUGUGCAUAGGGCAACUGGCAAGGAAUAUGCCGUCAAGAUCAUUGACAAGUUCAAGAGAGACUGUCUAGAGGAAGUGGAAAUACUGCUGCGAUAUGGCCAGCACCCUAACAUACUCACGGUGUACGAUGUUUACCAGGAUGCCGCCUCUGUGUACAUAAUCAUGGAGCUUCUCAAGGGUGGGGAGCUCCUGGAUAGGAUCCUAAACCAGAAGCACUUCAGUGAGAGAGAAGCCAGCGCUGUACUGGAAGUGAUUGCAAAGACAAUGAAGUUCCUGCACGACAAUGGGGUGGUUCACCGUGACCUGAAGCCAUCGAACAUCAUGUAUGCAGACGAAAGUGGUAGUCCGGAGAGCCUGCGCAUUUGUGACUUCGGCUUUGCAAAGCAGAUGCGUGCCGAGAAUGGACUUCUUAUGACUCCGUGCUACACGGCCAACUUUGUUGCCCCCGAAGUACUCAAGAAGCAGGGCUAUGAUGAGGCCUGUGACAUCUGGAGUAUGGGUGUGCUGCUGUACACCAUGCUUGCGGGGCACACACCGUUUGCGAAUGGACCGAACGACACACCAAACCAUAUAUUGGCCCGGAUUGGAGAAGGGAGGUUUGACCUAAUGUCGGGAAACUGGGCCAAUAUCUCGAGUCCGGCAAAGCAUCUAGUCCAGAAAAUGCUGCAUGUGGACCCAAAGCAAAGAUACAGGGCAGCUGAUGUCUUGGGACAUGCCUGGAUUGUGAACAAGAAUAAUCUUCCAGUCAGCAGGCUUUCCCAUCAGGAGCCUCAUCUGGUGAAGGGUGCCAUGGCAGCCACAUUCAGAGCUAUCAACAGCUACCCCAAGCCCCCAAACCUGGAACCCGUUGCGGCGUCAGAACUGGCCAGGAGACGGGCCAAUAAGGCGCGGCACCAUUCGUCCACAGAGGUUUGACAGGCCCCUGCUUUUUCCAGGAAAGGGAAGACACACAAACAAAAGAAGACAUCGACUCUGUUGCCUUUUGCACACAUUCAGUGACAGCUUCCUUGGACUCGUCAGUAGAGAGUUCAGCGUGCAUUCGUUGCCCAUCCGAAACCCAUUCUUAUGUUUGCGCGUGUGUACUUGUCUUUUCUUUUGUUCAUUGUCAUCAAGUAGCGUACGUGCAUUUGUGCGUGCUUUUGUUCGAAAGAGGCGGGCUUCUGCGAUGGAUUGUAUGGGGCAGCGCAGGGUAAGGAAAUGCUGUAAGACGUUAGAAACAAGCAGGCAAAAAAAAAAAAAAAAAAAAGCUGCCUGGGCUUCAAAGAGCUCGGAAAGUGCCUCUGUGCGCAGGUUAGCAUAAGUGGACGUUAAUUGCUGUAUUAAGUCUUCUGUUUUUGACCUGAGGAACUGAUUGGUGGCUGUAGAGUCACGUGUUUAGUUCCACCUUGACGCCCUAUAGCGUAUAAUUAAAGAUACAUAUGUAUAUGUGUAUAUCUAUGUCGUACAUGUUAAUUGUGUUUUCUUUUUUUUUUCUUUGUCACUGAAGUACCUACGGUUAUGUGCCAUCAGAUUUUUUAUAGGCAAAGAUUGAUUUUUGCUAAUAAUUUUAAGUUGUAUUACUCCUUCAGAAACUUUGCUUUGUUCCCACGCCUGGAUAUUUUUCAUUCUAAAAAGACAGGGCGUGCAAACACAGACACAAGAAAGAAGUCAGGACACCACAAAUAUUUUUUUUGUAUGGUUUCCGAACAGGAGCUUGCUAGAGCUGUUACGUUAGCAGCUCGGCACGUUUCUUCGGAAGUAUGAUCCACAGUAGUAGAUUAUCUUGCAAAGCUUGUGUCUUUGAGCAAUUCGCAAUGUCCAGAAAGACUGGCAGUUGUCUUGGCUGGCAAGAAGAAUGCAUUUGGCAUGCACCCCUGUGCUUGCAUCAGCAUCGGCUGCUGUUCUCCAGAUGGCUGUUGAUUGAAAUUGCACUAUCCACUUGGUAUCCAUGUGCAGCACCAUUUGUGUUCUACAGUGCGCUAUAAGGAGAAGAAAGCAUAGUGAAAGUUCUCUUCGUGUGUGUGUGUGUGUAUACAGACAUUCUUCAAACCACUUAGUUGUGUCUAGCUGCUGCAUUUUUCUCUCUGCGUUCUGUAGUAGUCUUUAGCGCACUGUGAAAUGGUGUUGCUAGGUGUUCAGCAAAUGCAGUUUUUCGUCUACAAACUUUCUCUUCCCACUUUGUUUGCUGAGCCUGCCACUCCUUUCAUGUGUGUUUGAGCCGUGGAUGUUGCGCAAAGAGUGAACAGCUUGGCACCAAGUGCACCUUGUGUAUGUGUGUUGAAUGGAAAAGGCUGAAAUAACGGCUAUGACAGACCUAGUGCAAGGCCCUCAACACCUUUUCAUUUUUAUUCUCUUUGGACAUAUCUGUAUGGCAAACCAGAGGUGACAGCUUCUGUUAGAACAGAUACAACACAGCAUGUUUCUGUAGUUUGAAAGGUUCAUGAAAAAGUACAGUGAAUAGCUUUAUGUUUUAGUUUUUCAAACUCUACAUGCAGCAUUGCAUGCAUGCCAUCUUUUUCCUUGCUUUCCAACUGCACUUGGUGCAUAUAAUUUUGUGUUGCCUGUAUAGUUCCAAUGAAAAUUUAUUGUGCAGGAAAUUUGGAAAGCAUGCAGACGUUGCUGUUGUACUUUGUCUUGAAGACCAUAUGUCUGGCAACAGAAGCCAAAUUUCGCAAUUGAACAUGACAUUGCUUUAAGUGGGUUGUGCACUAAAAGUUGUUCUGUACGGAACAACAGUGAUUACAGUGCUUCCAUGUUGGUGGAGCUAGCCACGUUUUUCGUGGGAGCCAAACUGUAGGCCCCGUGGUCAUUGCUUGGAACAGCACUCGUGUUGAGUACGAACGGCUUUCAUUUGUCCCCCUUCAAUGCUGAACAGUAGUGCGGGGUGCUUAAGAAGCAAGCUUAUAGCUGUCACUCCCAUGACAAAUAGCCUGUUGUUCUGACAGUUUAGGUACAUCAUGGUUGUAAAUAGUAUGUGCACUGAAGUGCUCAUGUUCAGUCCAAUGUGGCCUCAUUGCCUGCAGAAAUACCGGAAUGUCUGGUUUGCAGGUCUACGUUAAUGCUUUUUUCGGAACCAGUUAAAUACUGAAAUACUUGUUUUUCUGUUUUAGUCUUUUGCCUAGGAGAACUCUUUGAUCUAGGGAUACCUGGUUUGCAUCGUUGCUCCUCACAAUUCUUGAGUGCGCUCUCUAAAAUUUCUGAAACAAAAAAAUUACCCUCCAAUACCUGUGUUAUGUUUGACAAGGCAUAUGGAGUGACAUCGCGACAGGUUCUGAUAUUGUAUGCUUUCAUCGUUAAGCUGUUGAGGUAUAAAUUGUAGCCUUGAUUGAAGUACAGGCGCCAGUAGAAGCGUGCAAAGAGGUGGCAGCUCAGAUGUGAAGGCAGCAAACUGGGGGAAAGUGCCAACAAUUUGUAUUUUAGUUUAAGAACCCCCCCUGUAAGGCUUUGACUGCCGACGAUGUUGCAGUCAAGUUAGCGGCAGUAGCACGAUUUACAAAUUAGCACAGCAAGAACAGCAUAGCCACUUCGGCGUGUCAAGAUGGCCCACUGUACACACACCACAAUAUUUCUGCUUCUUCGGAAGUGCUUCACUCGUGCACUUUGUCGUGCUGGAAGCGCGUAAUGUGGCACUAAGCACUUGUCGUAGUCUCAUUCCAGUGCUAAUGGCCGUCCAGGUUGACAAGGCUUGGAUGUCAGAUGCCACUUCACAUUUUGACCACCGUCUCGUGUGUGUUGACACUUAAUGAACGUCCUAAAAAAAAAAUCUGUGUUGUGGCUCACGUGUAGCUUUCUUCGAAUGCUUCCCUGAAGUACUUUUAAGCUUUUGCAAUCCUUUAGAGACAGUGUGGAUGCCAUAUCGAAAGGCUCUUUCAGGUCAUGCCGGGGCACUCCCCCUGUGAACAAAGUCUCGAAAGAGAGCAUACAUCUCGACUUGGGCCUUGCCCUUCCUUCCACGAAUGUUCUUUUUUGAAGACGUGCCCACACCGGGACGCAAAAAUGCACUCGUGUGAAUGAUGUAAAGUAGGAAUCCUUUGAUGGACAUGAUACUUAAACCUCGUAACCUAUACAAUGCUUCCUUGCUGUCAUGUUUUCAUAGUUCGUUAGACCUGUAUUGAUGUGAUCUUUUUUUUUUUUCCUCUAAAGCAUUUGUUUGAUGACAUUGCUAAACAAUAAACACUUUGAUACAUUGUUGA